AAUGUCAACUAACCAUUACUUCCACAACUCUUUUUCAAAUAACAACUUGGGUCAAAAUCAUUUUUCAACCAUUUUUGAGCGAAUCACUGUUGAUUCUAAUAAUGGAAAUCAUCGUAUGAAUGCUGAGGUUCUUGAUAAGACGAUUGCUUUGAUGAAUGUUACGUCGCAGAAGUUGAAACAUGCUGUCUUCGAAACAAGCAAAUUAAUGAUUGGCGAAGAUGCUAGAGGAAUUGCAAAAACCAAUCCUGAGGAGAACAACAAAGGAGGACAACAAAAAACUUCUCUUUUCAAAACUGAAAUGUGCUACAACUUUCAGCGUUCCGGUGGACAGUGCAAGUAUGGAAAUGGCUGUUGGUUUGCUCAUACUCUUGAUGAACUAAGACCUGUUCCUUCUCAUUUGCCUGCAACACCGAAGUUUGCUCAAUUAAAUGGGAAUUGGUUUUGA